GCUUUCACCACGGCGCUCGGAUUCACCCGAAGAAGCCCAAAGGCCCUUCAGCCCUGACACGGCUGUGAGGGCAGACUUCUCUAUGCCGACCGCAUUAGAAGAUUCAUCUACAGUCAAUAAGCGGUCCUCUAGCCGAGAAUCUAACUCAUGGUUAGACCCUAUCGAUGAAUCAAGCGGCUCUACGGCAUCAUCUGUGCAUUCCCGGACGUCCUCACGUGGUUUACGGAGAAAGCAUAUACGUGCCCCUAGUGGUGCCACUGAAGCUGAAUUCGAUGCUGCGUUAGACGCUGCAGUCGAGGCAGCUUACAAUGAUGGCUAUGAACCGGCUGACCACUCGGGCUUUGAGGGUAGCAGUGACGAGGAGCUUGCUUCCAAUUCCGUAGGGAGGGACCUUCCUACUAAGCAGACAGUUCAGGAUUUACAAGAUGAAGGGCACGAAAUUAGCCUCUCAAAACAGAGACAGGACUCUGAUACCAUGCGCCGGGACUUUUACGAGGAUGACUCUUCCGAGGACGAAGACCGCCUUCUGGCAGAAAUAACCCACGCUCUAGCCGCUGAAGACUUGGCGAAUGCUAUUGAUGUAAGGGCGGUCGCACAAGAAUUACCCCAAGGGCACUUAACCGAUUACUCCUGGCAGUCCACCUACGGAGCCCCUCCCGUCCCUCACGUCACAGAUACCAGCACCACUCACAUGGCGGCAUCUGAACCACUCGCACCCCCGCCAACGCAAUCUUUACCCCAACCACCCAUCAAGAUAGGCUCGUCUCUAUCCCGCGGAACAUCUCCAGUAUCUGGCCAGACUGUAAGAAGCCGUCGGCUUUCUGGUCAGAACCUGAAGCAACUCAAAAUCGAGACCGGAAAGGCGAGUAAUUACGGCGUCGCAACUCAUGCCGCUGAAACUCUCCAACCACGUACAAUUGAUGCCGCGGAAGAGGACGACAUAUCACCCCGAGGUGUUGCUCCUGAUGCAGGCAUCUCGAGCCAACGGUCAUCCAUUGACAGCGAAAUCAGUCCCUCACAGCCAUUGCCUCCAACGCCGACUCAACUUUCUUUAGCAGAAAACGGUGAUGGCGAUACCAUGGACAGCCGUGCUAAUUCACCUGUCAUCUUUCCGCCCGCAUUGAGAAAGAAUUACUCCUCAUCAAGUUUGAGGAGCUUACGGAGCCGAAACAUGUCGACCUCCAACCUAGAUGAUACUUCAGACAUGUCUCCAGGUACACCCUUGAGUAAUGGCUUCGCACCACAUAUCAAGGGACCGGCUAUGCCAGCAAUUGCAACACCACUUACGGCCGCGUUUAGAGAUAGGAUGAACUUGGCAGGAGGACUUCACCUAUUCGACGACAGUUUUCACGGUCCGCAAAGCCCUGUAUCGCCAGGCCUAGCAAGCCCAGAUACCCCAGUAUCUCUUGAGCCCUGCCCAACAGAUUAUCUGCUUCGGCCGUUCUGGUUGAUGAGAUGUCUUUAUCAGACACUUGUGCACCCUCGCGGCGGUUACCUGAGCAACAAGCUUUUCGUACCUCGAGACGCGUGGAAAGUCAGAGGCGUCAAGAUCCGGGGUGUCGACGACAAAAUUGCAAUUUGUGACUAUCUGACUGCCGCGCUCCUCAAACUUGCAAAGGUAGAUACUUGCGACGCCGACGCCGUUUUAGAGGAGAUGCAGGCGCUUGAAGGUAUUCUUGAACAAGUGCAAGCGAACCUCACGCGCAAACUUGGCAUGGAAGUCGGCGUGCAAAAUUCUGGCACUCUGUUUCGUGAUGCCUCAAAUUCCGCAGAAAUUGAGGCAGCGAUCAACGUGCCGCGGUCUGGUAGUGUUUCUGGCAAAUCCUCGUCUUUUUCAUGGCGGCGCCUCCGAUCCAAGAACUCGGCCCGCAGGUCUGAGUAGUAGCUAUGGCAAAAACAAUAUUGGAGACAACGGUAAGGAGUCACCUUCACUGGAAACUCUGCCAAUGACUGCGCAUCCCACGAGCCGUCCGGCCAAGCGUGAUAUGGGCAGUGUUGAGUUCUCUGGGCCCAACGCCCCAUACAUGGGAUCAUUGGCACGGUUGUUUGAUGCUGCACAAGCCAUAGACCAGAUUGCUCGACAGGUAGAAGACCCCGGACUUCGUCAUGCCGAUAAAACCCAGGUAGGCCUUGAGCUCUGCACCCGCCAUGCUGCCGAGUUUUUCGGCUUCUAUAUCUGCCGCUUUGUGAUGAGCGAUGUCAGCACUCUUCUCGAUAAGUUUGUCAAGAGGGGAAGUGAGUGGGUGAUGGCGUAGGAUGUUCUCGGACUCGAUGAGUAUGGCAGUUGAAACCGUGCGAAUAGGAUAGAUCUUCUCCAUUUGCAGGGCUAGCAUGUCGGCAAACACAGCAGUUCCCCUUGUC